CUUUCCGCCGCGUUGUCUGAGGCUCCGCUUGGCGACAUUCCCUGGGAGAACAUGGCAGCGAGUGCAGUGGAGGCGGGAGGCGAGCGCUUUCGGAGACAAAGGCAAGUCCUGCUUCUCUUUGUUUCUAUGGCUGGGUCUCUGGCGGGGUCCGAGUCGAGACGCUAUUCUGUGGCCGAGGAAACAGACAGGGGCUUUCUGCUAGCAAAUGUAGCGCAGGAUCUGGGGCUGAGGGCGGAGGAGCUGGCCUCGAGGGGCGCGCAGGUUACGUCCCGGGGGAGCAGACAGCCUUUGCAGCUCCACCAGCGGACCGGUGACCUGCUCCUCAAUGAGAAGCUGGACCGGGAGGAGCUCUGCGGCCCCGCCGAGCCUUGUAUCCUGCAUUUCCAGAUACUGCUGCAAAACCCUUUGCAGUUCAUUACGAUUGAGCUCCAGGUGAUAGAUGUGAAUGACCAUUGUCCGGUGUUCUUUGAAAAUGAAAUGCAGCUGAAGAUCCCGGAAAGCGCUCCGCCCGGGACGGAGAUUCCUUUGGGCAAUGCCGAGGACUUGGAUGUGGGCCCGAACGGUCUGCAGAACUACACGAUCGCUCCCAGUUCCCAUUUCCACGUCCUCACCCGCAGUCGCAGAGACGGAAGGAAGUUCCCAGAACUGGUGCUGGACAGAGCGCUGGACCGGGAGCAGCAGCCCGAGCUCAGCCUGACGCUCACAGCGCUGGACGGCGGCUCUCCGCCCAGGUCCGGGACUGCCCGCAUCCACAUCCUGGUAGUGGACGUAAACGACAACGCCCCGGAAUUUGCACAGUCGCUCUAUGAGGUUCAAAUUCCGGAGAGCAGCCCCGUCAACACUGUCGUGGUCACUGUCUACGCUUCUGAUUCAGAUGCGGGAACUUUUGGGACAGUCUCAUAUGCAUUUUCUCAUGCUUCCGAAGAAAUUCUCAAAACGUUUAAGCUCAAUCCAAUCACUGGUGCUAUGCAGCUGGUCAAAAACCUGAAUUUCGAGGCAGUGACGACGUACGAAGUCGACGUCGAGGCCAAGGACGGGGGAGGGCUUUCGGGAAAAUCCACCGUCCUCAUUCAGGUGGUGGACGUGAACGACAACGCCCCGGAACUGACCCUGUCCUCACUCACCAGCCCCAUCCCCGAGAACUCGGGAGAGACGGUAGUGGCCGUUUUCAGCGUUUCAGACCAAGAUUCUGGAGACAAUGGGAGAGUCGUGUGUUCCAUUCAGAACGACCUCCCCUUCGUCCUGAAACCCUCUGUUGAGAACUUCUACACCCUGGUAACCGAUGGAGCGCUGGACAGGGAGGCCAGGGCCGAGUACAACAUCACCAUCACCGUGUCCGACCUGGGCACGCCCAGGCUGACGACCCGGCACCACGUCGCGGUGCAGGUGUCCGACGUGAACGACAACGCCCCGGUCUUCAGCCAGGCCGCCUACACCCUGCUGGUGCGCGAGAACAACAGCCCCGGGCUGCUCAUCGGCUCCGUGAGCGCCAGCGACAGGGACGCGGGCGCCAACGCGCAGCUCACCUACUCGCUGCUGCCGCCGCCGCCCCAGCAGCAGCCGCAGCCUCAGCCGCCCCAGCCGCCGCAGCCCGACGUGGCGGCGCUCGUGUCGGUGCACGCGGACAGCGGGCAGCUGUACGCGCUGCGCGCGCUCGACUACGAGGCCCUGCGCGCCUUCGAGUUCGGCGUGCGCGCCGCCGACCGCGGCUCCCCGGCGCUGAGCAGCGAGGCGCGCGUGCGCGUGCAGCUGCUGGACGCCAACGACCACGCGCCGGCCGUGCUGUACCCGCCGGCCAACGGCUCGGCCGCCUGCCCCGAGCUGGUGCCGCGCGCGGCCGACGCGGGCUACCUGGUGAGCAAGGUGGUGGCGGUGGACGGCGACGCGGGCCAGAACGCCUGGCUGUCGUUCGAGCUGCUCAAGGCCACGGAGCCCGGGCUGUUCGGCGUGUGGGCGCACAGCGGCGAGGUGCGCACGGCGCGGCCGCUGAGCGAGCGCGACGCGGCCCGGCAGCGGCUGCUGGUGCUGGUGCGGGACCACGGCGAGCCGCCGCUGUCGGCCAGCGUCACGCUGCACGUGCUGCUGGUGGACGGCUUCUCGCAGCCCUACGUGGCGCUGCCCGACGCGGCGGCGGCGGCCGAGCCGGCGCGGCCCGACUCGCUCACGGUGCAGCUGGUGGUGGCGCUGGCGGCGGUGUCGUCGCUCCUGGUGCUGAGUGUGCUGGCGCUGGUGGCGGCGCGGCUGUGCGGCGGGGGCGGGGGCGGGGGCGGGGGCGGGGUGGGUGGCGGGGCGGGGUGUGCGCUUGGCGUUGGCGUUGGCGGCGGCGUUGGCGGCGGCGCGGGUGGGGAGGGCCGCUUCCCGGGGCCGCUGCUGGACGUGAGCGGCGGCGGGACGCUGUCGCACAGCUACCAGUACGAGGUGCGCCUGACGGGCGACGCUGGGACCGGGGAGUUCAAGUUCAUGAAGCCCAUUAGCCCCAAUUAUCUGGCUCAAGACACUUAG